GUUAAAUUGCAAGUGCUUUUGUGCUCGACUUUGCUGUAAGUUACUAUUCUGUUAUUCAGAUCUCGUCUGUUGUUUCUGAUAGUUGGCAGGAACAACAGUAUCUUGUAUUUCUGAAUAGAAAUUGGUGUUGGUGACAGAAACAGGAUUAGAGCCAUGAAGCUGGAGGUGCCAGAAGACUUUGAAGAUGUUGCAGUUUACUUCUCGCGUGAAGAAUGGAAGUUGCUGAGUGAAGAGGAGAGGCAGCUACACCGGGAGGUGAUGGUGCAGAAUUUUGAGCACAUGUUGUCAGCAGGAUACAGUAUCCCAAUACAGAAACUCUUGCUGAUUAUUGAAAAACCUAAUGAAAUUCUAUUAAACAUUAAGGAAGAAGGUGUAACUAGACUUCAAAUGGAUCUGCCUAAUGAACCUCUAUUAAAUACUGUGGAAGAAUAUGGGACCAAGCUUCAAAGGGAUCUGUCUCAUCCUGAUGAACUUCAGUUUAAUAUUAAAAGUGAAGGCGUGACCAAGCUUCAAAUAGAUCUUCCUGAAGCCCCCCAAAACAUUAACAGGUGGAUGAAAUAUGACCUUCAAAAUCAGAGAUCAUCAAAGGAGUUUAUAAAUUCUGAAUAUGACAAAAGCUUCCCAUAUUCUGUUACAAGGCAUGAGGCUAUUCAUACAGGAAACCAUCUCCAAAAAUCUAUGGAGUAUGAUUUGAAUUUUAGUCAGAAGAAUGAACUAACAGGUUGUCGGCAAACUUACAAAGUAAGGAAAUUAUCCAGCUGUGUCAGCUCUAAACUUACAUUUCCAUUUACUUUCAAAACACAUUGUCAUGCCAAAACUAGACAGGAAAAUAGGACUGGGUUCCAUUCCCAUCACAACCUUAACAGUUACAGAAAAUUUAGACGAAUGAGGAAAACAGAGAAAUACAAGGAUAAUGUAACAGCACACUUGGAAGCCUUCAGUGGACUGGAGCUCUCUAAGUUUGGAACAUGUAGCAAGAAUUUAAUAAAGAAGUACAAACACAUGCAACGCACAUCUAUCCACCAUGUGAAGAUGUUGUGUAAAUCUGCAGUAUGCAACAACAGUUUUACCCAGAGGGAUGAACUUAAACUAAGUGAGAAUAUCCACAGAGUAGAGAAACCAUACAAGUGUACCACUUGUAGCAAGUGCUUUACAAAGAAGCGCUGUCUCACAGUUCAUGAGAGAAUCCACAGCAAGGAGAAGCCAUACAAAUGUAUCACAUGUGGUAAAAGUUUCAAGCAUAAAGAAUACUUAACAGUACACAAAAAAAUCCACACCGGAGAGAAGCCAUAUAAAUGUACCACAUGUGGCAAGAGCUUUACAUGGAAAAGUUGUUUUGUUAUCCACAAAAAAGUCCACACUGGGGAGAAGCCAUAUAAGUGUGCAUUAUGUGGUAAAUGUUUUACGUGGAGGAGCUGCCUUAUAGACCAUGAACAAAGUCACACUGGAAAUAAAUCCCACAAAUGUGCCACAUGUGGCAAGAGUUUUAUAUGGAGGGGUGACCUUGCUGACCAUCAGAGAGUCCACACUGGCCAGAAGCCAUAUAAAUGCAGUAUAUGUGACAAAAGUUUCACACAGAAGAGCAGCCUCACAGCUCAUGAAAAAAUCCACACCGGUGAAAAGCCAUUCAAGUGUGCAACAUGUGGCAAAAGUUUUACACAGAGAGGUAGCCUUGCAAAUCAUGAGCAAAUCCACACAAACAUUAAAUCUUAUAAAUGUUCCAUAUGUAGCAAAGAUUUUAAAUUGAAACGUAACCUUAAAGCUCAUGAGAAACUCCAUGAGAAAGUCCACAUGGAGGAUAAACCUUAUAAAUGUGUCACAUGUGGCAAACAUUUCACAUGGAAAAACAUUAUACGCCACGAAAAAAGUCACACUGCAAAUAAAUCAUUUAGCUGUGCAAUAUGUGGCAAGAGUUUUGCACAAAAAGGCAAUCUUAUAGCCCAUGAAAGAAGUCACAGUGGAGAGAAGCCAUAUAAAUGUGCAGUUUGUGGCAAGAGUUUUACACAGAAGGGCAAUCUCACUGUCCAUGAGAAAAUCCACAGUGGAAAUAAACCCUAUAAAUGUGCCACAUGUGACAAGAGUUUCAUACAGAAGUGGCAGCUCACUUUCCAUGAGAAAACCCACUUUAAAAAGGAAAUAAAGUAAUUCUUGCAUAGUAUCAUCUCAAAUAAACUGUGAAGGAAGAUUAAAUAAAAAUUACAAAGGUAAUGCAGACAAAAUAUUAAUGUAGCAGACUCAAUGACUGCAGCAUCUUAUGAUCUGAAAGAUAUCAAAGUAUAAAGUAUCAAAACGUGCAUGCAGAAACCAAAGCAGUGUGAAACAAUGACUUAAUGAUAUUUCAUUUUAUCUUAGUAACUAUGUUAAGAGAAGAAGGUCUUUCAGGUAAAUUUAAAUAAGCAGCUAAAACUGCUAACACCAUACCAAUAUCAUGAGGCUGUCCAUUCAUGCCACAUUGUAGGUGCAAGAAAGCCACAUUUGGCAAGCAUUAAAGACUGAAGCAGUAGUAAUACCUUCUGUUAGGAAGAGUGCCCUCUUCUUCCAUGGCACUAAAAACCCUGAAUAUUUGAAGAUCAUAAAUAAGAAAAAUGUACAGAUGUUCAGGUUGUAACACGUGUUUCUGACAAAAGCGUUACUUAGCAAUGAAAAAAUCCACACAGUUGUGAAUUAUUGUAAAUGUGGAGUUUGGUGUACAUUUAUGUUUUAAGAUAAGUCUCAAAUUCCCUAAAAGAAUCUACACUGGAAGUAAAUCUUUUAAAUCAACACAUUUGGCAGUGGAUUUAUACACAAGAGAUUCAUAGUUCAUGAAAAAAAGCUUUAUUAGCAGGAUUGCUUCUUCUUUGCAGCAAACCCACAAUUUCUGCACAGGGAUUAUACAGUAAGAAUAGAAAACAAAUUGGAGCAAAAAUUAAUUCUUGCGCAAGAAAAGCUAAAAAAAGCAACAAAUAAGUCAGAGGUCCCUAAUAGGACAUAUCAGUGCAAAACAGUAUCUGUACAAAACAGUAUUGUCUCAGACAAAGAAAACUGAUUGACAAAGUUCUGCAAGCAGAAGAACCAAGCUCAGAAGUGGUUAAAACCCCAAAAGAAGACAUAGAUCAGGAAGAAAAAAUGGCAGUAGAUAUGUUGCACUAUAUAUCUAAGAAAGAAAAGCAUUACUGGUCACCAAGAUGAUGACAACAUUAAAUAUGUCUGAAAAAUGUAUAUUAACAAAGGUACCCAUGCAGUGAAAGCUUUACAGAGCAGAAAUGAUAACAUAAAAAUCAUACAUUUUAGUAGUUAAGAAAUGAAACACACACUGAAACCGAGUUGACAGACUAAUUAAGAUACGAGGGUUUCAUUGUGAAGCUUCAGAGGCAAAUGCACCUCAUCUUGAAGAUUCAUUAAAUGCACAGGAAAUAACACUAUUACCAAAGCAGAAUACAGUUAACUGAAGGUAUGCCAGAAAAGAAAAUGUCUGCAUCUUCAUCAGGAGAAUCACUGGAAGACCCAGACAGAUCCUACAGGGGGAGAAAGAGCUGGACAUACCAAUCUAAGAAGACAUUCACAGCCACAGUCAUAGUCCUACACAUUUGAGUGAAGUUCUAAAAUACAUUAAAUAGAAUAAAGGUGAGUAAAGCAGAUGCCUACAGUAGCUGGAACAAUUAUGAUAGAACUCGAUAGAUAUAUAGAUAUAUACAUGUGUGUUCAGUUAAACAAAUCGGGUGUAGAAGUAUUACCAGGAUUGUGGACAGAAAUAAAAGAAAAGAAUAGAAUGCCAGAACAGAAACUCUAAUUAAAGAAAGCUGUAGAGCAGUUAAGAAACAUCAUUACUAGAAUAUAGAAAAACAAAUAAAUCACUGCAAAUUCUUAGAAAAGUAUGUGCAGUAAAAGAAGUACAAUUUUAAAACCAAUCAAAACUUUUGCACAAAAAAUCGUAGCAGAGUCAGAAAAGUUCAAUGUGUACAGUACACAGAAAAUAGUAAAGAUAAAAAGAAUACAAAGUAAGCAGCUGAUGAAUGAAAUAUAAUCCUAUGAAGUUUUAUAGGAAAACAGAAAACAAGUAAAUAGCAGUAGUAACACUACUUGAAGAAAUUAAUACAUUUCAGAAAAUGUCUGGGGACUAGUAAGCACAGUAAAGAUCCGAAUGCAUACAGCAGGUAAGAAAAAGCAAAAUGUUAGCACACAGGAUAUGAUGUGAAAUGACAAAAUGCUACCACACAGGAUACAAAAUUAAAUGAAGUGCAAUAAAGGCAAAGUUAAAAAAGACUCCCAAGUGAAAAACCACAGGACUGAAUGCCAUAGCCAGCUUUUUGCUAAAAGUACUAACAUUUUUGCAUUGUAAGAAAUACUUCUAUGCACACCCUGAAAUGGCAGCAUCUUGUUUCUUGGUGGAGAAAUCUCUAUUCCUCUUUGGAACUGAGCUUUUAGGUCAUCUUAAGAAGGAUCAACCAAUAAUCCAUCUUUUAACAACAUACACGGAUUUGAUGCAGAUAGUCCUCUUUCAUUCAAAAACCAUUCAGUCAUGGCAGAGGAAGAGGAAAAUAAUAAAGGAGAAGCGUGUAGACCAAUACCCAAAUCACCCAGAAGCAUUUGUCCACCAUCAGGUGGCUAGCCCUGACUCAGUACAUAGUCUGUUAACCAAACACCAUAAACUAAAAAUGUAUCCACCACAGUCGGACCGGACACUCGGAUGGUGUUUUCUGGUCCAGCUGUGUCAGUACAUAGUCUGUUAUUCAUAUUCACCUGCCUAUAGAGUACUGCAUACUACAGUUGAUUCCUAAAACAGUUGGUCUAUUCAGCUCUUCCCACAACAGGCAAAAACUACAGUUUGUGCUGCUGCACAUGGCUCAUUUCAUAUUUCAGUGAGUUUGAGUUGGAAUCACCUAUCAUGCUUUUGGGAGGCGAGAAAACUGCACAGCUGCACAGGGAGAACAUGUAAACUCCACACAGGCAUUAGUUAUGUACCUGCUUUGAACCAUGUGCAUAUGAGGUAAAGACCUUAACUGUUAUGCCAGCAGUGUCAGAGGCAGAAUGUGAUCAAAGAAAAAGCAAAAGAAGCUGAAAAGUAAGUUAUAGAAUAUCAGUGAUGGAACCCGUACUGCUGUAUGGUACUGAAACGUAGGCAGUGAGGGUAAAGCGUAAAGCAGUUGAAGAAGCUAGCGGUGAUAGAAAUGAAGUACCCAAGAUGCAUACUGUGGGAUAGAUGAAGAAAUGAGAACGUUCGACAAGAAGCCAAAGUAGUUCCAAUUGCAGAGAGAGACAAAAAGAACAGAUUACAUUUAUUCAGGCACAUGCACAGGAAAACAAAAGAAGAUGUGAGAGAAGACAGGAAGAGGGCAAUUAGAAAUGAGGAUGAUCAGCAAAGAGAUGUAUAAACUGCACGAGAGAAGACCUGUGCCAGUCAGGCAUGACUGUUGAAGAAGGUAGGUGAGUGGCACUGAAUUGAGAAAGACUGCAACAGUUGACACAGCACCCUGACCCCAUGUAGAAAAUGGGCAAAAGAGGGUUGAUAGUGAUGACGAUCUGGACAAGUGAUCAUCUCUUAUUAAACAGAUCCCUGACAGAGUCCUGAGCUGGUACCUCAGUAUGAUAUGGGUGAAGUACAAAAAAACAUAAGUAUUGCACAUUCCUAGAUUUUAUGAUGUUUAGGGAUGUGUAAGGUAUACUACACACUGAUAAAUUAUACUGUACUUGUAAUAACAGAAUGGCAUUCCACUUUACAACUCUAACAUGAAAGUCCAAUAUUACUACUGUCCUAGGGUUAAGAAUCCACUGAUUGAUUUAUUAACAUUAUUGCUUUACCCUAGAAUCAGCUCAUUGCACUGUUUUUUAACAGGCUAACCUAUGGAUAUAGUUUCAGUGCAGACAAACAGUCUGUUAAGUGAUGUCCCACCUCCUUUUUAUUGAUCUAUAAUUGUGUAGUUGGUCUAAUAAACAACAAAAAGUACAACUGUUAUUCUUUAAAACACUCACUUUCACUUGCUAGAAGAAUGGCAUUUCACCCAUAAAUGUGUGCAAGCAAUAUUUGUAGCAGGAAAAUUGAAGUAUCAAGAUAAUGCCAACCUGCAGGAAGAAUGUGCUGUAAAAGAGGUGGAGCAAAAGGAAGCAUGUAAAUGUCUAGAGAGAGAAAAAAAGAUUCAGCAGUACCAGAUGGACAAAGGAGAAUAUAGUUUUGUAAUGAAUAUUUCAGAUGAGUGACGUGAGUAGUGUAAACAAAAAAUAUUGUACAAGCAAUAAAUAGACUUUUAUUUUACCUGUUUAUGACUACAGCUUUUGUUAGGUGACAAGCUUUCAAAAGUGUUGGGUCAGAAAGACAGAAAAAGCAAUAAAAAGACUUCUUUCCUAUGAAGUGAUACAGAAAAGUUAGUGUAUGGAAAGAUUACAUAUCCCUCAAUCUGGUGCAAACAUGGGCCUCCUUGAAAUAAACUAUAUGUUUUGGUCUGCAUCUUUGGGAUUGCAUCCAGUUCUGCUUUUAAUUCCAGGUUCCAACCAUCAUUGCUGAAUACCACACGUAAAUUUAUUGAUGUGAAAAAUAAAAAGGUUAGCGCUUUCACAGCAAUAAAACACUGCUUCUUCAGACCAUUACACAACCUAAUAAACCAUCUUCAUACAUAGAAAUUCAAAGAAACCAGUCCAUGUUAAUAAGCAUUCAAAGAAACCAAUCCAUGUUAAUAAGCACUGACUAAACAUCCAGUCAGAUACCAUUAAAAAACAUCAUCUUUUGCAUAGGUUCGUAGAGUAGUACUAGGCUAACUACCCUUAUGGGCUAUUUUAAGCCUAGCCAGUUACCUCACAUAAGAAUCAAUCCCUGCACUAUUGGUCUAUAAGGUAAACAGCUUAAUUAUUAUACCAACCUCCCUCCCACUACAGUUACCAAAGACAAGGAUUAAACCUUGUAACUUGUGCUUGUGAGGUAAACACCGUAACCAUUAAGCAAGCUCCCAACCCUCGCUAUCCACUUCUUCACAAUGUCAAUUUACAGUUGUACACACAAUUUCAUGAAUUUGCAGAGUCAUCACACCAGAGAUAGCUGGCAACAAGGGAUGAAUGCUGUAUGGCCAGUUGGACCUACACCACUUGUCUCAGGAUGACACACAGGCAAAGUGUAUGGUGGUUAAUUUUUUUGUGGGACAAGUGCCUUUUUUGGGAGAGAGAGGAAUGUUGGGAAAGAUGCUUAGGAAUGACAGAGUCAGGUAUGUAGGGUAGGUUAGGAAGCAUCCAGAGAUAUACAAAAUAGGGAUGGUAAUGAAGACAAAGGUUGUGGGACACGAUGAUUGCAGAUAGGUAAGUGCUAGGGAUAGAUAAGAGACAGUGGAGAUGCACCCAUUUCCAGCAUGAGAACAGUGAGAAUCUAGUCCUCACCCUCAGAACUGUCAUCAUGUGGCAUCAUCUUUGCAACAUGACACCACAGGACCUUUUCAACCCUGCGAUACAUGCAAGGCCCUUCAUUACAUCCUCUACCAGCCCAGUCAGCUCCAGCCAGGUGACAAAAUCACCACCUCCAGUAGUACUGCUCCCAGAGGGUACCACUACACCAGCAGCCGGGGCAGAGCUACCUGAUUCUUUUGGGACAUGUAGUGCAGGGAUUGUAUAGGCAACACUGACAGGUUGUGAUGGUGAAGUCCUAAUUGUGCUGACAUCUGUGAAAGUAUGGCAAGCUGAGCCAUAGUCAUCAGUAUUUCUUUCCGUGCACUGUUGACUAGUUUCAUCAUCAAUUUAUGAAAACAGCAGAUUAAUAAAUUAAC